UGACAUCUCGCUCCGUGUCCUGGUGCGAGGCACCGCCGCAUCUGGCCCCGCAAAACUUAUCUCGACCGCCUUCCUCCCCGAUCUCGCCUCUCCUCGUCUGGCGACCAGAUCCGCUUCUCCGAUAACCAGAUCCGGCGGAGCACGCCCCGCUCGCCCCGCCCAAGUCGCAGUCGCGAGUUAAGUAAGGGAGGCAGCAGCGGCAGCUGCAGCCAUGGCGGCGGCGGAGGAGAACAGCUCGCUCUUCCUGAUAUUCAUCCUGACCAUGAUCGCGCUGCCCCUGGUGCCCUACACGAUCACGCGGCUGUGCCACGCGGCGACGAAGAAGGCCAAGACCAUCCACUGCCGCUGCUCCGGGUGCCAUCGCUCCGGAAAGUACCGGAAGUCGAUCUACAAGAAGAUAUCCAACUUCUCGACGUGGAGCAACCUUACCAUUUUGCUUCUCUGGAUCGUUGUGAUCUUCCUGGUUUACUACAUCAAACUCAGCAGCCGCGAGGUCCAAGUAUUUGAGCCAUACAGCAUUCUUGGACUUGAACCAGGGGCAUCAGAAUCUGAAAUCAAGAAAUCAUACAGGAGACUCUCCAUUCAGUACCAUCCUGAUAAAAAUCCCGAUCCUGAGGCCCAUACGUACUUUGUUGAAUCUAUCUCCAAGGCAUAUCAGGCUUUAACUGAUCCUACAUCUCGUGAAAAUUAUGAGAAGUAUGGCCAUCCAGAUGGGCGCCAGGGGUUCCAAAUGGGCAUCGCUUUGCCCAAGUUCUUGUUGAAUAUGGAUGGUGCAUCUGGCGGGAUAAUGCUUCUAGGAAUAGUGGGGCUUUGCAUACUCUUCCCCUUAAUGAUAGCAGUUAUUUAUUUAUCAAGGUCAUCGAAGUAUACUGGAAAUUAUGUCAUGCAUCAAACUCUGUCCACUUACUAUUACUUUAUGAAGCCAUCUCUAGCUCCAAGCAAAGUCAUGGAUGUCUUCAUCAAGGCUGCAGAGUAUAUGGAGAUGCCAGUACGACGCAGUGAUGACGAGCCCCUACAAAAAUUGUUUGUGGCAGUUAGAAGUGAGUUAAAUCUAGAUUUAAAGAAUAUUAGAACAGAGCAAGCCAAGUUCUGGAAGCAGCAUCCAUCACUUGUAAAGAUGGAACUCUUGAUUCAGGCUCAUCUUACUCGAGAGUCAUUUGCUUUGACACCAGCUCUAGUAAAAGAUUACAGGCACAUGCUUGAACUUGCGCCUCGUCUUUUGGAAGAACUAGUUAAGAUUGCACUUCUACCGAGGAGUCCCAACGGUUUUGGAUGGCUCAGGCCUGCAAUCGGUGUAGUUGAGCUGUCUCAAAGUAUCAUUCAGGCUGUCCCUCUCAGUGCUCGAAAAGCUGGUGGAGGUAAUUCAGAAGGAAUAGCACCUUUCUUGCAGCUGCCACAUUUUACUGAAGCGACUGUCAAAAAAAUUGCCCGCAAGAAAAUCCGUGCAUUCCAAGAACUUUGUGAUAUGUCGGAGGUGGAACGUGCCACAUUGCUGACACAGGUAGCUGGCCUUUCAGAAGAAGAAGCUCGGGAUGUAGAGCUUGUACUGGAGAUGAUUCCUACGAUUGAGGUGGAUAUUAAAUGUGAAACUGAAGGAGAAGAGGGCAUACAAGAGGGUGAUGUUGUGACAAUGUAUGCUUGGGUCUCACUUCAGCGUCGCAGCGGGCUAACUGCUGCCCUUCCCCAUGCUCCUUUCUAUCCAUUCCACAGGGAAGAGAACUUCUGGCUGCUUCUAGCGGACACUGUGUCAAACGAAGUUUGGUUAUCCCAGAAAAUCAGCUUCAUGGAUGAGGCUACCGCCAUAACUGCAGCAUCAAAAGCUAUACAAGAUACCCAGGAAGCAUUGGGAGCAAGCCCAAUGGAAAUAGGAGUUGCAGUUAGGGAGGCGGUUGACAGAGUGAAGAAAGGCAGUAGGCUGGUGAUGGGCAAGUUCCAGGCCCCAGCAGAGGGCAAUCACAACCUGACAUCCUUCUGCUUGUGUGAUGCAUGGAUAGGAUGCGACAGCAAGACUAGCUUUAAGCUGAAGGUUCUGAAGCGCAGCCGUGCGGGAACAAGAACCUAUGUGCCUGAAGAAGGGCCAGUGGCAGAGGAUGGCAUUGAGGAGGAAGAGGAGGAGGAAGAAGAGGAGUAUGACGAUUACGAGAGCGAGUACAGCGAGGAUGAGGAAGAAGAAAAGAAGAAGGGAAAAGGCAAGGUUGCAAAUGGAGCAGCACAUCAAAGGGCAAGCUCUGAUAUAGAUUCAGGCAGCGACGAUUGAUACUAUACCUUGUGAUGUUGAACCAUAGAUGAUUAACAUCCAUGUUUUUUGCCAUUUGACUUAUGAAACUUGAGAGAAAAAAAAUCUCCCAUCAACUUAUAGAGCAUGCGGUAAUAGUUACUGAAUUUUCCAUUUUGUUUA